AUGUUUGAACUCAUUUACGAGAGCCGGUUGUUUAUAAACGACUUUGAUGAUGAGGAGCUUAUGGGGGUCAUGUCAGAUUGUGUUGAGUUGCUUAAGGAAGGUGAAACGUCCCAACGAGCAGUUAUUCCACGCACCGUAAUAACAAGAGAUCGGGUAAGCGCCAACGAGCAACUAAUGGCGGAUUAUUUUAUUGAAGAUGCAAAGUACCCCCUUUGGUAUUUUAGGCGCCGAUUUCGAAUGUUGAGACCGUUGUUCAUGUGCACAGUUAACGAUAUAAUCGCGUAUCCAUCUCGAAAUUCAAGUCAUGUGCCCGAGCAUUUUAGAAGAAUGCAAGACAAGAUUCUUGAUGGGCAACAACGGCUCUACAAAGAUGAGUACUUGCACAAGCCAACACCGAAAGAUAUACAACGAUUGGAAAUCAUCGAGGAUCGUGCUCCGGAUACUUCGUUUAUGGUUAACGGAACACACUACGGAAAAGGCUACUACCUCGCCGAUGACAUUUAUCCGGAGUGGUCAACGUUUGUAAAGGCGUAUUUGUGCUCACAAGAUGACAAGAAGAAAAAGUUUAAAAAGUGUCAAGAAAGUGCAAUAAAGGAUGUCGAGCGUGCAUUUGGAUGCAUUCAAAAUCAAUGGCAUAUUCUAAGCCAACCGGCUAGAGCUAUAAGCAUUAAUCGGAUUUGUCGAACCAUGUACGCAUGUGUUAUAUUGCAUAACAUGAUAGUUGAAGACUCAGGAUACGCCAUAAGCUCACUUGAGGAGGACGGUAUGUUCCAACCACCUCCUGUACCUCGACGUACUUUUCAGGAGCGGAUGGCAGUUCACCAACGUACCAACAAUGAGCUUCAUGACCGACAUGUGCAUCACGCUCUUCGUCAUGAUCUUACCGAGCAUAUAUGA